UUUUAUAAAUCAAAGAUGGGAUUAAAGUUCUACAGAGCUUCCAACAGACCAAGAAAAGUGAGGAAGAGAAUCACGAAUACCAGAACCUUCUUCAGCACACAUAAAUGGGUAUCCUACUUUGCUCAUCCAAACGAGGUCGCAGGACAUCCAUUCAAGGGAGGAAUGUGGCCAAUGUCGAGAGGAAUGCUGCUCAACCCAGAAAUCAAGAGGUUCGCUAUCGCCUCUCCUCUCUUCUUUAAGCCAGUCAGGCCAGGUGCUGGACCAGGAGAUACUGUAGCCUCAAAAUCAUUUGUUGAGAGCUCUGAUAAAUUAGUUGAGUCAUAUACAGGAACUAAUGCUGCUUUCGGAAGUGAGAGAGCCAAAGCUCUUCGUACUAACCUCGAUAAAUGCUUCACCAACAGUGUUAAGGUCGGUAAUGAUCCAGAGGUCCAAUGUCAGUUCUACGUCCAAGGGUUGAAGAGAGAAUUGCAGGCAUAAGUACAAAGUUGACAAAUCAAUAAUGUAGCC